UGUACUAUUCUUCUCUGUGAAACAGAUUCCAUGAUUUGCACUUUCGUCUACGUUGUGUUUGCAGAUGAGACAGUGGCCGAUCUGGAAACUGACCAAAGGUUUUGUCUUGCCUCACUCUGGCUUGUUGACGUUUGCACUUUGUGUUAGUGCGCCCCCGGGGAUCCACGAGGAGAUCUGAUUCAGGGCUGCAUGCUCCUGAAAACACACAGUGGAAAAUGGACAAACCCUUGUCUCUGACUCUGCUCCUGAUGCUGCUUCUCUGUCCCAAAAGCAACACGGAGUCACAGACCUCAUGUCCAUACAGGUGCCAGUGUUUCACUCCGCUCCAGGUUCUGUGCGCAGACGAACGGAUGACAUCUUUGCCCAAGGACAUGUCCAAGCAGGUCAAGGAAUUUAUUGUAAUGACAUCAGCUGUGGCAUACCUGCUCCCUCACACUUUAAAGGAGAGCCCCCAACUCACCGAGCUGGUCUUCUUGAACAACGCACUGCGGAGCAUUCACGCUCAGGCUUUCGAGAAUCUGACUCAGCUGCAGGAGCUGGAGAUCAGUGGAAACCCCUGGCUGGAGAAUUUAUUUAUGGGGACUUUUUCCCGGCAGAAAAACUUGACGAAACUGCUGCUCAACUUCAACAGAUUGAAGACGGUGCUCCCCGGCAUGUUUGACUCCCUGAGACAGAUAGCAACUCUGCAGAUGAAGGGAAACAUCAUAUCCCAUCUGCCCAUGUUUCUUUUCCUGAACCUCAACAACCUCCUCGUCCUGGACUUGUCACAGAAUAAACUUGAAGAGGUGAAAAGAGAAACAUUUUUUGGUCUCACCCGCCUGGAGAUCCUGAAAGUUAACAACAACCUAAUUAGCAAUCUUACAAGUGACACAUUCCUGAAUAUUUCCCAGCUGGCAGAGCUUCACUUGGAAGGGAAUAAGAUAUCAGAGCUCACUGACGACAUCUUCUCCGUGUUGACACAGCUAAAUGUACUGAACCUCCGUGGAAACCUUCUUACAACCUUCAGUCAGAAGGUGUUUGGAUUCAACGUCUCAAAUUUGAGGGAGCUGAACCUCAAAGGAAACAGACUGACGGAGCUGUCCUCUCUCAGCCGUCUGACAUCUCUCACCGACCUCGUCUUGUCGUCUAACCAGCUCUCCAGCCUUCCUGAGGACAUGUUUAGAAAUCUCACACUGCUGGAGAAUCUGGAUCUCUCUGAAAACCAGCUCUCGUUGCUGCCUGAACUAAUCUUCUAUAAUCUCUCCGGUAUCACAUCAAUCCACCUCCACAAGAACAAUCUGAGGAAGUUAGAACCCAAACUGUUCAACCACCAGUGGCUCAUGCAGCGACUCUACUUGUCUGACAACCAGCUGGAGACACUCCCGCCUGGCCUCUUCGACCUCUUUAUCGUGGAGCACACGGUUAGGCUUCACGGAAACCCUUGGAGAUGUGACUGCCACAUGUGGUACCUGCACGACUGGGUGCUGAGGAACAACAAUAUCAUACAGAGGCAGGACAGCGUGCUUUGCAACAGCCCCGACUUUUUGAGACAGCGUGUGGUCGCCUCCGUGGACAGAGACCAGCUGGUGUGUCGGGUGUCUGCAGAUGAGAUGCCUUAUUUCAGGAGCUGUACCAUCCAAGCAUUCAAUGACGCCAUGAUCGUCAAAUGUAAAGUGGAUAAAUGUUCGCCCAUGACGGUGAAGGUGCAGUUUCAGGAGGACGACGGCAACAUAAAGGAGCAUGUAUUGAAAAAUGAACAUUCUGAAUGCAGCAAUGGCACAGGGAUCGAAGAUUGACUCAUGAUCCUGGUUUAUUAAAUCUUCUGUGUGAAAAUACUGUCCUAAUGCAUCUGUUGUUUCUUUAUUUGAAGACUCUCAUUAUAUGAACCGACUGUUAGAGUCAACACUGUAAACAAACCAGCUGAUAACCAGUGAGAUGUAUGCUGCUGAGUGAUAAGAGAGGUGGAUGAACCCUUUCGUGGUAAAGUUCAAAGUUCAACUCACUACUUUGGAACAUCCUGUCACUUCUAAAAGAAUUUAAAGAAAUGUGUCAAUCAUCUGCCAACGUGGGUUUUGAAUGUGGUGUGGGUCUGAUCUGCAAACCUGCAAAAGAUCUUUAUGUUAAACACUGACAGCAUUCAAUCUUCACCGGUUUUUCUAGAAAAAAAGAGCAAAUCUUUUGCAGUUAAAAAGGUUGAAACAUCUGUUCACAUUACAGAUCAAAAAAAUAUAAUACUUUCCUCACAUAGACAUUUAAUAAUGUUUUUUUUAAAUCAUGCAAAUUGACGUCAGUGUAUGAUCAAAACACGAAAAAGAUAGGAUUGCUGAUGUGGUGAGUAAUGUACCUAUGGUGCUCUUCAGUUUGGGGAUCCCAAAAAUCUGACGCACUCGAUAAAACAGUCAGUUAAACACGUGUAAUAUCUCAUGACUAUUGUAUCAUAUCAACAGUAAAGGUUUAAAUGGGAAACUUGA